GCUAGGCCAUAAAAAAUCAACAAUAAAAUUAAAUGACAAUAACAAUGUGCGUCGUUUGAGGUUUAGCACAAAGUGAACACAACAAACUUGCGCACAAUGGAUCCCAUAAUAUUCUUCUCAGUGCUGACGAUUUUAUAUGGUGUCAUGUAUUUUUUUGAUCGCUUUUUCAAGAGCUGCAUGCACUAUCCCUACGACGUCUUUCUGCGCAACACAGGACUGAAUGUCAACUUCAUGAGCCUUCACUGGCACUCCAAUGCCAGCGCCUUCAAUCGGAUGCUGAUUCGCUGGGGCUCCGCAGCCGGCAAGAGCUGCACGAGAGGUUUUCUGGUUAAGUGCUUCAAUUUAGGCGUCCUGCUAUCCUUUCUGUUGCUGCCCAUUGGCAUAAUACUGCUCAUCAUUACCAUAUUUAAUGGCAGUGAUGGAGCGGCAGCUGUUGCUGGAGGUGCGGCAGCAGCCACGGCGACGGUGCAGCUUGAAAUUCUGUUGCCCGGAGUCAAUCUGCCGCUGCAAGAGAUCGGUUAUUAUAUAGCCACAUUAGUGCUCUGUACACUGCUCCACGAAAUGGGCCAUGCGUUCGCCGCCGUGCUGGAGGACGUGCCCGUCACGGGCUUCGGCUUCAGGGUCUACUUCUGCCUGCCGCUGGCCUACACGGAGCUUUCGCAUGAUCAUCUGAACAGCUUGCGCUGGAUUCGCAAGCUGCGCAUUCUUUGCGCCGGCAUUUGGAACAACUUUGUGUUCGCCUGCGUCUGCUAUCUGUUCAUCUCGACGCUGGGCAUGAUCAUGUCGCCCUUCUACCAAUACAACGAGCACGUGAUUGUCACAGAGCUGACGGCCAAGUCGCCACUGCGAGGCGAUCGCGGCCUGCAGGUGCAGAAUGUAAUCACUCAGCUGAACGACUGCCCCGUCAACAACGAGGACAGCUGGCUGAGUUGCCUGCAACAGGCGCAGCAGCAGCGUUUGGGAUAUUGCAUCAGCUCCGACUUCAUACGACUCAAUGACGAGAGCAUCGACAUAGCCCAUCACAAUGCGGAGGGCAGGUUGCAGUGCUGUGACGAGCGUAAUCCCAAUGUCAGCUGCUUCGAGUACAUCGAGGACGCCACUGUGGAUGCGCCAGCCGAGAUACCGCAACACGUGUGCCUACCCAUGCGGCGCACGCUGGAGGACUCGAGUGGCUAUUGCAGAGCAGGCUCGUGUGCCCAGGGAUACUGUCUGCGGCCCAUGCUGCAGAACACAACGAGGAUUCUGGUGUUCAAGAGGCAGAGUCUAGACCACGAGGCCCUGCCGCCCGUGAUGUAUGUGGGCCAGCCACGUGAUGUGUUGCGCUCAGUGCGCGUUUCGGCCUUUGUGCCCCGCUAUAAACAGAUCAGUUCCGCUUGGCCCGAUGCCCUUUCGCUGCUACUCAAAUACAAUGUGGUGUUCAGCAUUGGACUCGCUUUGAUCAAUGCCAUCCCCUGCUUUGGCUUCGACGGCGCCCACAUCACCAGCACCGUAAUACACAGCUUCCUGGUGGGGCGCGUCGAAGAGCACGCUAAACGGGAUCUCAUCUCGCUGAUCAUCACUAGCGUCGGCUCCCUGCUUUUCGGACUGGCUCUGCUGAAGGUCGCCUGGCUGAGUCUGCUACGCCCGCUGCUGUGAAUCACUCAAUUCGCUCCUCUCUCAUCCUAGUUAACAUCUACCAAAAUGCUAGACUGCUUUUUUCUACACAGACACGGAAACGAACACAGACUUUGCUAUAGCGCCUCAAAGGUCUUUCUCUUUAAGCUUUAUUUAUUUAUUAUCGUGUUUUAUGUCGCUGUAAUUCGAUUGCAGCAGCCAAGUUUGCAAAGCUCAAAUAAAAGAUGCAAGCAUUUUUCUCACUU